AUGAGUUGCAAAAAGCUCUGGGACUCCAGGAGACGAAAGCUUUGUAGAUUGGCUUUGGCUGCAAUCUUUCUCUUGGAAUUGGUCAUUCAAUACAUGUUGAAUUCCCGAUUGGAAUCACCAUCGUCAGCUGACGCCGACGGUACUAAUGAAGGCUUCCAAAGGACACAAAAUUGUCCUGCUUCCGUUCUUGACCACAAGGGCGUUUACCAGAAUCCAAUAUUGAGGGGCAGUGUUUGGGAUAAGGUUGUUCUGAUCACGGCGGCCAACAACGGCUAUUAUGAGAUGCUCAAGAAUUGGGAAUAUCUUGCUAGUGUACAAGGACUUCAAUGGGCAAUAGCUGCUUUGGACCAAGAUAUUUACGAACGGUUGGGACCCAGCCGGGCCUUUCCAACGAAUUCCUCGUUUGCCAUUUCUAAUGUGACCAGCUGGCGAGAGACUGCAUUCAACCAAAUUUCUUGCAAUAAACUACGAAUGGUGCUUGGAAUCCUACAAGACUGUGACUUGGAUGUGGUUUUUUCGGAUCCCGAUAAUGUAUUUUUGAAAAAUCCAUUUGCUCACGAUAUGGGACAACUCAUUCAAUCUGGAGACUAUGAUUACAUUUACGAAAUCAAUUCAGCCGUAUCUAAUACUCCGAGGACGUAUGUCGAAAAGGGUGAAGUCACCAUUGAAGGCCAGCGAUUUGAGAAAUUUGAGGUGGCCGAAGGUAACACUGGAUUCCAUUAUCUUUCGCGCAAGAGCUCAUGGUUGAAGAAACUCAUCAAGAUCACACUGGAACAAUGCGCCAGUCCGGACAACCAACUGGACGAUCAAGUCCUGUUUUGGAAUUUGCUGCGGCAAAAUCUACCUUAUCGACGAUGUAGUGAAUCCAAGGUCGGGGCUUCCUGGGUAUAUCACAAUGCUCCAAAGAAGAACCCUGAAAGGUUUGGUGAUAUCCUUUCCAUCUGCCACUUGGAUCCCUAUUUCUACAAGGUUGGUAGAGAGGCCCCUCUUUCCCAAAAUCAGAGAGAUAUGGUUGUCUUUCAUGCGAAUUAUGUCAUGGGAAAACCCAACAAGAUCAAGAGUCUGAAAGAGAACACAUGGGAAGGGCAGGGUUGGCACAUGUCGCGAUUCUUUGGAUGA